GGACACCACAUUAGCGUCUAGAUCCUUCAUUUUUGUUUUUUUUCUUCUCCAGCUUGUCUGAGGGAUUCUGAGAGAUUUUUCCGCGGAAAUGGCGAGCGAUUCCGGCAAUGGUAAAGCGGCAUCAUCCUCUGACGCGCCGGCGGACUCGUACAUCGGAAGCUUCAUCAGUCUGACGUCCGUGUCGGAGUUUCGGUACGAGGGAGUGCUAUACUACCUCAACCCUCAAACCUCCGUCCUCGGCUUGAAGAACGUGAGAUCAUAUGGAACUGAAGGACGUAAGAAAGAUGGCCCACAGGUCCCGGCAAGUGAUAAAAUAUAUGACUAUAUCAUGUUUAGUGGAAGUGACAUUAAGGAUCUACAAGUGAAGUCUCAGUUGGAGGUCCUGGAGGAGGCAAUACCACAUGAUCCUGCUAUUAUUCAGUCACAAUGUGUUGGUGAUGCAGCAGCAAGCAGCUGUCAUUAUGUUCCACCAUACCCCAUUCCACCCAUGACUGCCACUCAUUCAGUGACGUGUGAUUUUCCAAUGGCUUAUCCAGCCCAAGCUCCUGUGCAGACCUCUUCAGUCGCCCCUUCUAGUCUGAUGCCUUUAAAUUUCACACCUAAUCUUGCCUCCCAACAAUAUCUAGUGCCAUCACCAUACUACCAACCUUUACCUUCCCCAAUCUCCUCAUCAUGUGAAAGCAGGAAUACUGAAAAUCCAGCUGUUUGUAAGUCGGGUCCAGAUCCCAUACCAGUGCUCCCUUCUAAGUCCCUGUUGUAUCCGAUGUUUUCAUCUGUAAAUAACUUAGUCAGUCCCUCACUUGAACAACCACCAAGCUUGCCGACACCAGAUCAGCUACCACAAGGCAGAUUGUCUGUACUUUCUCCUGCAGUGACUUCAUACCCUGAUCAGAAAGAUAUUGAAGUUAUGAGUUCAGAAACUCUAAAUUCCUUACAUUCUAAUGUAGCAGCAGUCCAAGCACCACUUUUGCCGUUACCCUCUGUAAAUAAGUUGAAAUCUACUGACUUCACUGAAGAAUUUGAUUUUGUGGCCAUGAAUGAGAAGUUCAAUAAGGAUGAGCUAUGGGGUUAUCUUGGAAAAGCAAAAACGAGGGAUAAAAUUGAGUUGCACAAGGACAAGGCUCUUGUCAGCGCAAACAUGGAGAAUGACUCUGUCUGGAUUCUUGAUGCUGAUCCCAGGCCUGCUUACAGUAAGGACGACUUCUUUGACAAUAUAUCUCGUAAUACAGUUACACGAGGGGUUAGGAAUGGACAGAACCGUUUCAAUGAGAGAGUGAAGUUGGACAAUGAGACCUUUGGCAAUUUUCAGCAGAGGAAGUAUCCAGGUUAUGGUGGGUAUGGAGCUGGACAAGGCCAAAACCAUGAUUCUUUUGGCUGGGGAAGGGGGUAUAACUACAGAGGCAGGGAGCGUGGAGUUUACAUGUAGGAUCUCAAUUCUCAUGGAUUUGACAGCUGAAAGAUAACCCUAUCGAGGCACCAGUUGUAAUAUUGGUCUAGUGACUUGGUGAGUUUUGUAGAAAAAAAAAGUUGGCAAUUAGUAUAUCGGCAAGUUUUAUUUUUUAGUCAUGGCAGGUUCAUGUAUUUUUUGUCCCAUGAGCCGGCACAGUUUUGUGACUCUGCAACUAUUUCCUCAUCUGCGGAAAUAUCCUCUGGUAAACUAUACCUGUUUGCCUCUUUUUGGGUGGCGAAGAUGAACAUAAUAGUGAUAAUUUCCAGAAAUUACUUCUUAUUGAA